GAGCCUUCGGCGUGCGUCCCCGAGUCUGGGCUGUGGUUCACACCAUGGGCAACAAGCAGACAGUCUUCACACACGAGCAGCUGGAAGCGUAUCAGGACUGCACGUUUUUCACAAGGAAGGAGAUCAUGAGGCUCUUCUAUCGCUACCAGGACCUGGCCCCGCAGCUCGUGCCCCUCGACUAUACCACCUGCCCCGACGUGAAGGUGCCCUACGAGCUCAUUGGCAGCAUGCCCGAGCUGAAGGACAACCCGUUCCGCCAGAGGAUUGCCCAGGUCUUCUCCGAGGAUGGGGAUGGCCACAUGACCCUGGAUAACUUUUUGGACAUGUUUUCUGUGAUGAGCGAAAUGGCUCCCCGUGACCUCAAGGCUUACUAUGCUUUUAAAAUUUACGAUUUUAACGAUGACGACUACAUUUGUGCGUGGGACUUGGAGCAGACGGUGACCAAACUGACUCGGGGGGAGCUGAGCGCCGAGGAGGUGAGCCUGGUGUGUGAGAAGGUGCUGGAUGAGGCUGAUGGAGACCAUGAUGGUCGGCUGUCCCUGGAAGACUUCCGGAACAUGAUCCUCCGGGCACCAGACUUCCUCAGCACCUUCCACAUCCGAAUCUGAUGGCACCACAGAGAAGCCGGCUAUAGGAGAGCGGGGUGACCCCUCACCCACUGUGGACUCUGGUUUCUAAGAAUAAACACAAGUCACUGAGUCA